AUGAGCAAAAUACGUCAUAUCUCGUUAGAACAGACACCCUCGCCACCCGAGCGGUUGCCUCGUCUGGUGCUACCACCAGCGACGGCGGUGAGCAUUCACGGCUCGCCAUCGAGACGACACCGAAUGAGAGAGUCACACGAUUUCAAUCGCCUUUCACCUCAACGUCCACUUUCAGUUAGACGCAUCUCCGAGGACAUCACCAUGCCGACGACCACGCGUAUACGCUAUCCCAGUGAGGAGAUGUCUCAUUCGCUACAACACAGACCCCUGCGACCUACUAGCCAACCUUACCAUCAACUUUACGAGCAGGGCAGCGCCCAUGCUGACACCUCAAUAGACGGGUGGAGGCCAAGGGUCACCAACCUCCCCAGCGUCACCUCGGGAGUAGCGGUGAAGGACUUCUACGAGGAAAACUGGGUAUCCAGUGAGGAAGGAGAGGCGAAGAAACGCUUUCAUCUAAGGGAGUAUGGACAGAAUAGGCGGCAGAGAAGCCACUCCAAAGCCCUCUCCACCUCUGAACUCGAUGAGAAUAGUGUAAGUCAAUGGGAGAUUAAUGAGAAGGUGGCAAUUUCCUGUCUUGCUGUUAGUGCGAGAGAGGUUGUAGUUCCUUACAAUAAUCAUCUUCUGAGUUCUGAGCCGACACCCUCAUCAGCAAGCACCGCCAAACUUAUUAGAGGGAACGUGCAGUUGCCUGGACUUGUAUCCCCUUUCCAAGAGUAUGCGGAAAUAGAGCCCUAA